CACCCAAAUAGGGGUGGCGUUCUGGCUCGAGCCUCGGAGAGAACCGUGACAGACCGGUUCAGGACACGUCGGGACGUCUCUGUAUUGAAGAAUAAUUAAGCAGCGGUGUCUGUCAGUGCUGUUCCUCAGUUCAGAGCUCACUGACUAGAGACAAACUGCAAUGAGGAGUGGAUGGAUGCUGCAAGACCGUUUACAUCUGUUCUGGAGGAGCCUGCAUUGAGAUUGUACUGACUGCAGUGAGGCAACCGUCGCUUGAGCCAGAAUUUGGAAAGAGUACAUUAGGUACGAGGCACCGGGAGACAGGCGGCAGAUAUGAUGAAGGAUAUGUCCGGUCCGGAGUUUGAGAUCGACGUGGAAAGUCUGGAGACCGAGAGCGACGACCAGGACCGUUCGGACUACAGCUCAUCUCUUCCCGGCGCAGGGUACGACGAGCCGGGGGCCAAGGGAGAUGACAAGCCGCCGGGGACCACCAGCCCCGGGAACUGCGAACCGAGGAAGCUGAGCCGGACGCCGAAGUGUGCCCGCUGCAGGAACCACGGUGUGGUGUCGUGUCUGAAGGGGCAUAAGCGGUUCUGCCGCUGGAGGGACUGCCAGUGUGCCAACUGUCUUCUGGUGGUGGAGAGACAGCGGGUCAUGGCGGCUCAAGUGGCACUACGGAGACAACAAGCUACAGAGGAUAAAAAGGGAAUUUCUGGGAAGCAGAUUCCAGCAGAGAGAAGAGCUCUUUACCAGAGACACAUCAGACCAUCAACCAUGCUGGCUAAGAGCAUUCUGGAAGGGUACCGUCCGGUGCAGGGUGACCCGUACAUGGGGGCCAGCCCCCCCCUCCCACCUCCCCUCAGCGACAGGAUGAGGAAGAGGAGAGCGUUUGCUGACAAAGAGCUGGAGAGUGUCAUGCUGGAGAGAGAGUACAAGGAGAGAGAGCUGCUAGAACCUUCCCAGGCUGCUACAGCCUCUCUGCUCUUCCCCAACAGUCUGGUCCGCCAUGCUGCGGAGUACAAGUCCUACAAGACGGCCUACUCAGCCUCCGCCCCGGAGGAGCCUCACCACAACAACAAGGACCUCUGUCACUUCCUGUCGCCCAGCUGUGUGGACCUCUCCCUGCAGUACUCCGCCGGCACCGGCAACAUGGAGCUCAUCUCCUCCAAUGUCUCCGUGGCGACCACCUACCGCCAGUAUCCUCUGACCUCUCCGCUGACCUCUUCGCGGGGGUUCAUGGUGUGGCCGCGUGGCCCCUCCCUUCUGUACCAGCAGUGCCUGCUCAAUGCCACGGCCGUCCAGAACAUGAAGCCAGGUGCGGCCUGGGAGCCCAGAAUGAUGGCCGCCGCCGCAGAGAGCCUGCCGUCCGACCUCGACGCCAUGGCAACCGCCACCCCCACCUCGGCCACCAAGCUGAAGGGUUUGAGAUUUGCGGCGGGCCUCCCCGAGGGUUCUGAACCCCAGCUGCAGGAUGGCCCCGCACAGUCCCCUCUCACCCAGGGGGGGCACUGCAAACGAUCAGCCUUCUCUCCGCCAAAGGGAGGCUUCGGACAGGCCUUCCCCCCUAGUACACCUCACCUCCAACCUCACUCCCAGCCUCACCCUUACCCCCCUAGCCACGAACAUGUCGUGAACAAGCUGAGCAAGGACAGUGCCAAACACACACUAUCCAUGAAGCUCAACUCCUUUCAUUCACUCAUCCAGCAGACACUGAGUGAGAAGGCUAGGGACGGGGCUGGAGAGCAAGAGAGGGCCGGGGCUGAGGUAGGAGCUGGGGCUGGGGAGAGAGCUGGGACCGGGGUCGAGCUCCGGGGCCCCUACUGUAAAGAACUGCUGGAGGAAGCAGCCAGAAAGUACCGUGAAGGACCUUCUAAGGACUUCUACAGUUUCAAAGAUUCUGAUAGAUACAGCAAGGAGUUGCUGACUACGUCAGCUGGGACCAAGGUGGUGUCCGGCGAGUCCCUGUCCUUCUCUGUCGAGGCCAUUCUGAAGAGACCGUCACCUGCUAUGAACAGGGCUUCACAGUAAUAACAGUCAUGUCUAUCUGAUGAACAGGGACCAAAAACCUACCUGGUAAUUUGUGAUACCUUGGCCCAUUUUUCUGCUUUGAGGUCUCCGUUAUUGGCUAAAUAAUUACUAUUUUGCACAAACCCUGAAUUUAGACUGGCCCACUCGUCUACAGAUGGACCAACCAUUUGCCGAACUACCCUGUGGACAAUCCGUUUCUCACAUGGGCGGGCACACACACACACACACACACACACACACACACACACACACACACACACACACACACACACACACACACACACACACACACACACACACACACACACACACACACACAAUUAGAUGCAUGUGUCUGACAGUGUGCUUGCUGUUGUAAUAACUCUCAGUACAGAAACACUUCAACCAGUAAUGGACGUGUUUAUAUGGAUGUUAUAUUUUAUACCAGCAUAAAUGUAAAUCUCUUUAUGGUGUAGAGUAUUUAAAUGUAUCACUUUAAAUGUUGCCAUGUAAUGUGUCAAUAAACUUUAUAAAGAGUCAA